CCCAGCUGCGCGGCGCGGCGCUCCGAGGGCGCGGCCGGACCCGGGCCGCACCAUGGCCCAGGACGGGGUGGAGUUGGAGAAGAGCGUCAGGCGCCUGCGGGAGAAGUUUCAUGGCAAGGUGUCCCCCCAAAAGGCGGGGGCUUUGAUGAAGAAAUUUGGAAGCGAUCAUACGGGGGUGGGACGCUCCAUCGUCUACGGUGUGAAGCAGAAAGAUGGACAGGAACUGAGUAAGGACCUGGAUGCCCAGGACCCACCAGAGGACAUGAAGCAGGACCGGGACAUCCAGGCAGUGGCCACGUCCCUCCUGCCGCUGACGGAAGCCAAUCUGCGCAUGUUCCAGCGCGCCCAGGACGACCUCAUCCCCGCCGUGGACCGGCAGUUCGCCUGCUCCUCCUGUGAUGAUGUUUGGUGGCGCCGCGUACCCCAGCGGAAGGAGGUCUCCAGAUGCCGCAAGUGUCGCAAGCGCUACGAUCCGGUGCCACCGGACAAGAUGUGGGGCCUGGCCGAGUUCCACUGUCCCAAGUGUCGGCACAACUUCCGGGGCUGGGCACAAAUGGGGUCCCCGUCCCCCUGCUACGGGUGUGGCUUCCCCGUGUAUCCAACGCGGAUCCUACCCCCGCGCUGGGACCGGAACAUGGACCGGCGGAGCUCGCACACGCACUCCUGCUCGGCGGCGGACUGCUACAACCGGAGAGAGCCCCACGUGCCCGGGACGUCGUGCGCGCACCCCAAGAGCCGCAAACAGAACCAUCUGCCCAAAGUCCUGCACCCCAGCGCCCCGCACGUCAGCAGCGGCUCCACCGUGGCCACCUGCCUGAGCCAGGGCGGGCUGCUGGACGACCUGGACCGCCUCAUCCUGGAGGACCUGCAGGAGGAGGAGGAGGAGGGGGAGGGGGAGGGGGAG